UAUUAAACACAGAUAAAAUUCCCGAAAAUCCAAAACUUCAUUCAUACCCACUGAACUUCCUGUAAUCUUACAACUAACGUCUCUCUCUCUCUCCUCUGAGCUUCAAUCAGUAGCAAAAAUGGCGAUUUCUCCUCAUCUUAGCCGCAUCAUCACCUUCACCGAACUCCGAUUGCCGGAAACUCACUUCCGCCCAAACUUCCACAGGAAGCCUCACCUCUCCGUCCGAUGUGUCGCCGGUGAGUCUCCGACGUCUUCAUCAUCCUCCGCCGUUGAUUCCAAAUUUGAUGCUAAGAAGUUCCAUCACAACUUGACGAGGAGUGAGAAUUAUAAUCGCAAGGGUUUUGGACACAAAGAAGAGACUCUCCAGCUUAUGAAUAGCGAGUAUACUAGUGAUAUAGUGGAGACUUUGAAGAAGAAUGGAUACGAGUAUACUUGGGGCAAUGUGACGGUGAAGCUUGCAGAAUCCUUUGGAUUUUGCUGGGGUGUGGAACGAGCCGUUCAGAUUGCAUAUGAAGCGAGGAAACAGUUUCCCAGUGAGAGAAUCUGGAUCACUAACGAAAUAAUUCACAACCCAACUGUUAAUAAGCGACUGGAAGAAAUGGAAGUGCAGAAUAUCCCUCUUGAGGAAGGAAAGAAGCAAUUUGAGGUUGUUGACAAAGGUGAUGUUGUGAUUUUACCAGCUUUUGGAGCUGCUGUAGAUGAAAUGUUGACUUUGAGCGAGAAAAAUGUACAAAUUGUAGAUACAACUUGCCCUUGGGUGAGCAAGGUGUGGAACGUAGUGGAGAAGCACAAGAAAGGAGAUUAUACUUCAAUUAUUCAUGGGAAAUACGCUCAUGAAGAGACUGUUGCUACUUCAUCUUUUGCUGGGACAUACAUAAUUGUGAAGAAUAUGAAAGAGGCAACUUAUGUGUGUGAUUAUAUUCUUGGUGGGCAACUUGAUGGAUCGAGUUCAACCAGAGAGGCGUUUCUAGAGAAAUUUAAAUAUGCUGUUUCCGAUGGGUUUGAUCCAGACAGAGACCUUAUAAAAACUGGAAUAGCAAACCAAACUACAAUGCUUAAGGGAGAAACAGAAGAAAUCGGAAAGCUUGUUGAGAGAACCAUGAUGCGGAAGUAUGGAGUUGAGAACUUAAACAACCACUUCUUGAGUUUCAACACAAUUUGCGAUGCUACUCAAGAGCGACAAGAUGCAAUGUAUAAGCUGGUGGAAGAAAAAGUUGAUCUUAUGCUGGUGGUCGGAGGCUGGAACUCCAGCAACACCUCUCAUUUGCAAGAAAUAGUCGAGGAGCGUGGGAUCCCUUCAUAUUGGAUUGACAGUGAAGAAAGAAUAGGCCCUGGAAACAAAAUUAGCUACAAGUUGAACCAUGGGGAGCUAGUUGAGAAAGAAAAUUGGCUACCAGAAGGUCCAAUCACUAUCGGAAUAACUUCUGGUGCUUCUACCCCAGAUAAGGUUGUGGAAGAUGUCUUGGUCAAAGUUUUUGACCUUAAACGGGAAGAAGCACUGCUUCAUGAAGCUGUGGCUGCUUGAGAUUGUAAGUUAGUAUUGUAUUGUAUAAAUUAUAAUUAUUAGUUCAAAGGGAUGUAUCUGUGACAUAACUGAUUCUGUGUAGCUAUAGUUGAUUCAAUGAACGGAACGGUGAAUUUACUUA